AUGGGCGAUCCCACUGAGAAUCCCGACGACCCUGAUCAGAAGAAUGAAAAUCCCACAGACUCUAGCCAACAAAAUCAGCCGACAACAAAUGUCCAUCAGGAUUUUGUUUAUUCAGUUAACCUGCAUUUGCCCCAAUUCUCAUCAGAAUCUCCGGAGUUAUGGUUCGCCAUUGCUGAGGCAGAUUUCACUGCAAAUCGUAUUACAAGCGAUGCCCAGAGGUAUAAUCAACUUUUGAAGGCACUUCCAUUGAAUUUCGCUUCCCAGUUAAUAGACAUUAUCAGCAAUGCUCCCGCCACCGACAAAUACAAAGCUUUAAAGACAACAAUUCUAGAACGUUUCUCGGAAUCACGAACUUCGCAAAUCCAAAAACUUCUUAGAGAGAUGGUUUUGUCCAAUAAGAAGCCAUCUCAGUUAUUGCGAGAAAUGCGGGAGCUUGCAAAAAAUUCGGUGACCGAUGAGGUGUUGCACCAGCUGUGGUCUGAGCGAUUGCCCGAAAAAAUUCGACCAUUAUUAGUCAUCUCUGACAACUUAAAAAAUUUAAAUGCCCUAGCAGAGACAGCCGACCGCAUAAUGGAUGCAAUCAAUAGCACCACCGUCAUGGCAGUACAAACCCGAGACUCUUCACCACACAAACAACAGAAUCUAACACAAUCAGAUUUUACCAGACUCGAAAGGCAGAUGCUUGAGAUGCGUUUGAUGUUGGAAUGUUGCCAACGCGACAUAAAAACACUACAAUCCAAUCAAAACCAACCACAACAACAGCAACAACAUCAGCAUCGCCAACUACAUCAGCAAACCCAUGUGUCUCGCACAAGAAACAGAUCUAUUACUCCAAAUCGAAACGGCAUGUGCUACUAUCACCAUCGAUGGGGCAAUGAAGCCCGUCAUUGCACAAAGCCGUGCAAAUUUCCACCCACAUCAAACCAGGAAAACUAA